UCUAUUUAUACAUUGAUAUAACCUUAAACUUAGAAAAGCCAGAGACUCUCUCAUAACACAGAACUCAUUAGUCUGAUCUCAGUCUGGUCAUUUUCCACAAACCAAUGAUGUCCUCAUCAUCAUCAGCCACGGAUACCAUCACUAAGCCGUUGUCCUUGCCGACGGUGGAGUCAGUCACGUGCGACACGUGCGGUUUCACAGAAGAGUGCACGCCGGCUUACAUCCACCGCGUCAAAGACCGGUACAAGGGACACUGGCUUUGUGGUCUCUGCGCGGAGGCGGUGAAAGACGAGGUGGUUCGAUCUCCGACUCGAAUCUCCGUCGAAGAAGCUCUCCGCCGCCACACAACGUUCUGCCACCGGUUCCGUUCUUGUAGUCCAGACGAGGAAGAAGAUCCCAUUUCAGUCAUUGGUAGGAUUUUACGGCGGAGCCUCGACGGCUCUCCACGUCGAACCACCACUAGGACGAGCUCGAGUGGAGCUUUGCCGGGGAUCGACGGCGUAGAGUCGCGACGGUCGCUUCUCCGAACUGGGAGCUGUUUCCCGUCUCUAUCUACUUAAUCAAAUCUGUUAGUUGUAAAUAUCUUUUUUUUUUGUAUUUCCUUAAUUUUCGUUUAAGACUGUUAUUAUAUUUCAUUACAUUUUUAGGUAGGAGAAAGGGUUAGAAUCCGAGGAUUUAAUCUCCUGUGACAUUAGUCUUUCUUCAUAAGUGAGUUAAUAAAAUGGUUAAUGAGCAAAGCUCAGAUUAUGUGA